AUGUUUCCGUCGACGAUCAUCUGCUUGCUGCCGCUCAUCAUCGGCGCUGUCGCAGCCGACUGUCCUGAAGGCUAUGAGGUCGUCGGGUCCGAGUGCAUCCACCGUUACACGGGCGGAUAUCUGACGUACGACGAAGCGGCCACUUACUGCACCCAGCAUUCCGGCAGGCUGCCUGUGCUUAAAGACUGCGCUUCCUUCAUUGAUGUCACUUCCUAUGUCAACGAUGGAUACUCAACUGAUUACAACAACGGCUACUGGUUAGGCGCGACCAAUGGAACGCUAACCAAUGUUUGGCAGUGGAGUGACGGAGCGGCCGUGCAAAUGGGCGCUCCGUACUGGGCCAAUGAUCCUGGAGAUGAUUUGACAACGGAACCUGACGGUGGAACGAGUCUCUGCCAGAAUCCUUUUGUUUUGGUUGGCACUCAGUGUGUUCACUUAAUUACGACCAACUACACCUGGCACGACGCUCGUAACCAGUGUGGACUGGUCGGUGGGGGCCUGAUUGUUGUAGACGACUGCGAUCAGUACCACAAGGUUGCCCUCUACCUCGCUGAACAAGAACCCGACAAUCCUGGCAAGCAGAACUGCCUGGAGUUGAAUUGCGCGGGGAUGUACCGCUUCAGCAGCGCGUGGUGCAGUCAUGUGCGCCGGGUGAUCUGUGAGUCAGACCCCAUCUAG